AUGGAGUCUCUUAACUGUCCCAUCUGUCUGGAACAUCUGAAGGAGCCAGUCACCACUGCCUGUGGACAUAGUUACUGUAUGGACUGUAUUGAGGGGUGCUGGGACCAAGAUGAGCCUAAAGGUGUGUACAGAUGCCCCCAGUGUAGACAGACCUUCAUCCCAAGACCUGUUCUGAUGAAGAACAUCAUGCUGGCCGAUGUAGUGGAGAAACUGAAGAAGACAGGACUACAAGUGUCUCCUUCUGCUCACUAUUAUGCCGGACCUGGAGAUGUAGCAUGUGAUGUCUGCACUGGGAGAAGGUUUACAGCUGUCAAGACCUGUCUGGGGUGUCUGGCCUCUUACUGCGACACCCAUCUUCAGCCUCACUACCAAUCUGAGGAACUAAAGAUGCACAAGUUGGUCGACACGUCAACAGAACUGCAGGACAAGGUCUGCUCUCAUCCAGAAAGCCAGCCGGAGGUUAUCUGCCAGACCGAUCAGCAGUGUCUCUGUUAUCUGUGCACCAUGGAGGAACAUACAGGCCAUGAGAGAGUGUCAUCUGAAACAAAGAAGGCUGACAAACAGAAACAGCUGGGUGUGAAACACGAGAAGUCCCACUACCAGCAGAGGAUCCAGGAGAGAGAAAUUAAGCUGAUGGAGUUGAAACAGACUAUGACCUUCAUUAAAUGUGUAGUACAGGCAGCUGUGGAGGACAGUGAGAAGAUCUUUACUGAGAUGAUCUGCUCCAUGGCGAGAAGACACUCUGAGGUGAAGGACAUGAUCAGAGCC